ACAGGAGGUUUAAAAUUUUGUUUAACCAGCUUCAAAAUAUUUUCAAACUAAUACGUUCCUAGGCCGGCGAAAAUCCUCGGACUGAACCCUCCGCGAGGGUGCCGGCUGGAAAUGGGCACUACAGAGCAAUCCCGUGCGAUGUCGGGAGGGUGUCCAGCUAAGAUCAGGGAUCAGUGCUGUGUGCUUAUGCGUUUUCAUCGCUAUGCCAUACGGAAAUGGUCUUUGAUCGUGGUCUGGAGGUAGGGGCUGGAUCAAGGCGUUACGCGUACCGUACUGAGGAUCAGCCUGGCUGGGAGCCCCUAAAUAGCCCAGUCGCUAACGGAGCCCUCUGGGAAACAGGCCGCACCCGGUUGCAUUCGAUGGCCUUACCCUGGGUACUGCGGAUCUCUGCCCGCAACUGGUGGGAAUAUGAGCGAUUUAAAAAAUAAACUAAAAAUAGCAACAACGGAAAUUGAGACCGGCACUCAUAAAAAGUCGGAAGGGCAGUUGACCAGACACCAUGGGGCCCAUGCGAUGCAGGGUCCCUCUACUAGCCACGACGUGGCCAGCACUAGUGGGGUACGUAAGCCUCUGGCGAUGCCGGGGUCAGGCGUAUCCACAAAAGCGGAAAGGAAGAGGGUGGGGGAACCGAAACGGGAUUUUCCCGGCACCAGUGAAGGCAAACCUGGCUUGCAGCUUGCAGCCCCAGGGGGCGCCAGAGCUGAUGCGCGGGCCCCGCCUCCCCCUACUCCUACUGCAUUCACAAGGCCUGAUGACAGGCCACCACCAAGCGCAGCCAUUGCUAAGCACAGGAAGGCUGCCAUGAGGAUCUUGAAGAGAUCCGCAUUAACCCCGGACCUAUGUAGCAGGGCGCUGCCCUGUCACGUGGAAGAGAUCCGGUCGGAGAUAGCGUGGGCAAUGACGAUAGUGCCCGACUAUCAGCUGCCGGUGCUCGGAGAGCCACCAGCUGCGGAAAAGCGCAAUAGAUCGAUGGAGGUUGCGCAAAAUAAGUCGAAAAGAGCCAGGACGCAAGGCCCCACCUUUGCUGAGGUAGCCAAAAAUCGGAUCCUCCUGGGUGUGCUCGAUGAGAACCAGGAAGACGAAUUGGCACUGAGAGCUCAUUGGAAAUGGGUUAAAGCGGAAUUGGCGAACAUCUGCGUCAGCGUGCUUCGGGAGCACCCCGGACCACCUCCGAUAUGCCGGGACGCAGGUUGGUUCCAAGGUAACGUCAAGAUCGUCGCGUGCGACGAUGAAAGGUCGGCGGGCAUGUACAAGAAGGCGAUGGCCAUGCUGGGAGAGGUCUACCCCGGAGCGAUGCUACGGGCUGUGGACUUCAAGGACAUCCCAUCCAGGCCCAGAGCAAGGGCAUGGAUACCGGCCAAACCGACCGAACCAGAGAGAGUGCUUGAGAUUAUAAGGCUCUUUAAUCCCGAGUUACCCUCUCACAAUUGGAAGGUGGUGCGGCUAGAGCACAGCACAAAGGCGACUCGUCAGGCGGUCCUUUUGCUAAAUAAGGAGUCGUUGCCACUCCUCGAAAAGACUGGGGGCGUCAUCAAUUACGGUUUCGACACCGCAAAGAUAAGGGUGUACACGAACGACGUGAACGCAGCAAGAGGCAACGAAGUUGAGCCGGAAGCAGACAACAGCGAGGAUGAGGUGGACGAGGAAUCCAACCAGGCCAAUCCGAUGGAUGACCUGGCUGGUGGAUACGCCUCAUCUACAUCCUCUCUGGGAGUCGACCAUAUCUUCCGGCAAUACACAGAAGAGGAGCUGAUGUCAGAUGACGACGAGGCGAACUCAACAGUGGUGGAGGGGGUGGGAAGGUGCGGCCAAGAUGGUUCGCGUCCUCCAGAUUAAUCUCCACCACAGCAAAGCAGCGUCGGCUGCACUGCUGCUCCAGCUCUCCAAGGGGGCAGCAGACAUCGCCCUCAUCCAGGAGCCUUGGGUGAUAGGGCAUGGAAUAUGCGGGCUGAAGUCGGCAGAGCACACUUUGAUAAGUGGAGCUACCAUAGUUCAGUGACGAGGACACCACCACCAUCAGUCUGGAGGCGAACGGACGACAAAUAAGGCUUGCCUCGAUGUAUCUGGCACAUGACAGGCCUGUUCCAACCCUACCGGUCGAACAUUUAGUGGAGCGCUGGGACGGGGCCCUGAUUCUAGGAGGUGAUGCAAAUGCACACCAUAGCACAUGGGGAAGUGGAGACAUCAAUGAACGGGGUGAGUCACUCUUUGAAUUCAUACUAAAAUCUAACUUAGUUAUAAGUAAUAGGGGUAGCG